GACAAUGACUUGUUUAUACUGCUGGGUGUGUUUUGUUAUAGGAUUAUAGUCUGUUAAAAUAUGUGUCUAUUAAAUUCAAUGUGUAGUUUGUAAAGCUAAAGCAGCAAUCCAAGAUGGAGUCUGAACUGCCACCUUGUGACCGCCAUCUUGUUGUUUACUGUUAUCAUGGCCCAGUCCUAACUGGAUCCAACCGGUUUUUCCCCCCAUUGGCCACUCCAAGGACAAUGUCACCCUUGCUGGGACUGUACCAUAUUUUCCCGCCACUAAAGGCAGGGGGGACUGAGCUCCCUGCCGAGUGGCGCAGUCCAUCCCAGUGACUGUGUGCGCGGCUCAGGCCUGCCCAGCACGUUCUGCCCGAAGUGACGAGUGAGGGAAGGAGAUUCCAUCGAACCCGCUCCUGCUCCUGGACUCGAGUGGACGUGACAGGAGGCGAAGAUGGCUCCAUCCGGGUUGAAGGCAGUGGUGCGCGAGAAGAUCUUCAGCGUUGUCUUUCGCAGCGUGAAGAAGGAAGGAGAAUGGAAGGUGCUAAUCAUGGACCACCCGAGCACGCGCAUCCUCUCAUCAUGCUGCAAGAUGUCCGACAUUGUGGACGAAGGCAUCACAUCUGUGGAAGAUAUUGACAAGUGCCGGGAGCCAAUCCCCAGCCUGGAGGCCAUCUACCUGCUCAGCCCUGUGGAGAAGUCAGUGCAGGCUCUGAUCAGUGACUUCCAGGGCACCCCCACCUUCAACUACAAGGCAGCUCACGUCUUCUUCAUCAGCCCCUGUCCUGAGCCUCUGGUCAAGGAGCUGAGGAAGUCACGGGUCACCAAGGCCAUCAAAAGCCUCAAGGAGAUCAACGUGGCCUUCCUGCCCUACGAGAGCCAGGUGUACUCCCUGGACAGGCCACAGACCUUCCACAUCUGGUUCAGCCCCUACAGCUCCUUGGAAAAGAACAAGGAGCAGGAGAUGCUGGCAGAGCAGAUUGCCACGUUGUGCGAAACCCUGGAGGAGUAUCCAGCCAUCCGCUACCGGAAGGACCAUGAAGAGAACUUCCACCUGGCUCGCGCUGUGCUGGCCAAACUCAAGGCGUUCAAGGAAUACGAGCCCAGCAUGGGAGAGGGCCCCGACAAAGCCCGCUCUCAGCUGCUGAUUGUGGACCGGAGCUUCGACCUGGUGUCCCCACUGCUGCACGAGCUCACCUACCAGGCCAUGGCCUACGACCUGCUCAGCAUUGAGAACGACACCUACAAGUACGAGACGACGGGGACCAGCGUCUCGCGGGAGAAGGAGGCGCUGCUGGACGAAGACGACGAACUCUGGGUGCAGCUACGCCACAUGCACAUCGCUGACGUCUCCAAGUGA